AUGGACCUCCACAAUAAUACAGCGAGAUACGAUUGUGAUGAAUGUGGAAAGAAAUUCCAGCAUUGGAGAUCUCGUCGUACGCAUAUGUAUAAGAUCCACUUGCAGAAGCCCCUUUGCACCUGCCCACACUGUGGAAAAGGAUUCUAUCAAGUUAAAUACAUGAAAACUCACAUUCAGGAGCAUCAUCCCGAGCAUUCAUCUUCAUCGGGAAGUCAAUUGAUAAAGGAUAAACAAACAAAGGAAAACAAGGCGUAUCAAUGCGAUAAAUGUGGAAAGAAUUUCAAGUCAAAGGGCUCCUUCUAUGAUCAUCAGAACGUCCAUAAAGGUGCAGUUACAUGCGAGAUUUGCGGAAAGAAGCUUAAAACUCAAAAAACUUAUGCUAAGCAUAUGGAUAUUCAUUCUAAAACACUCAACUACGUCUGCCCAGUUUGCGAUAUGCGUUUCGUCCGGAAUAUCGCUAUGAAGAGGCACGUGAAGAAGGUUCAUCCUGAUCAAAUUCAUCUUAUUCCCGAAAAAGGAACCAUCGUCAAUCAGGAGUUUUUGAAAAAGAAUCAUAUACAACCCACAGGAUCAUUUUCCGAGCAAUCUGAAGCACAAUUCAGUAAAACAGAAUUGCAUAAUGCCAUUGAAAUGAUCGAUCUCGACGAUAUGGAUGAUUAA